AUGUCUGGUGCAGUUUCCGUGGGACACCUUACGGGAAGAGUUGUUCUUAUAAUCGAGAAGGAGACCAAAGUGUGGCUGGGGGAACCAUUAUCGGCUGAGAAAACAAAGGAGGGCAUUGUGGACCGCUUUUCAGAGCGCGGUGGAGGGACAACGGAUGUGUCGGCUCCUGAGUCGAUCAAGAACCGCAUACCUGUUGACUUGUCGGGUAGGAAAAGGCGGCGGUUUAAGUGCCCAUUAGAAGUUGACGCCAUUACUGCCGGGCAUUCCCGUUUCCUGACCGUGCGAGAAAGUCUGAAACACCGUACCUACACAAGGGCCUACACUGUCGGGCUGCGCGGCCGAAAGUUACAAGAUGCCAACGCAAACCUCGGGACGACGAGCGUGAAGGGAAUCUUCGGCGAGAAUGUGAGAGGUUCCGUCUAA